AAAUCGAAAGAAAGAAGGCAGUUGGUCGUCUUCGUCGUAGUAGUUCGUUCGGUCGUGUUGUUUCAGUCAGUGAAGAAUCCGGAAUCGUCUCAUCACCAACUCCCCCGGGGGAGCCAGCUCGUUGUUUUGGGAUCCGUGAAGGAAGCAACUUUGUGUUACAAACAUAUUGUGGUGCUAAUUGAUGAACGCGCCCGCCGCGUACGGAACUUUUUCGCGAUCCGCUAGAAGAAGUCUCGAAUUAUCGACGACAGUUGCCUAGGAAAAGUACCAAAGUAGGCUAUCGGUGUGGUGUGUGGUUUAGAAAAUUUGUGGCUAUUAUCAGUGUUUUCAGAUAGAUGACCAACAUCAUCGGAUCGGUAGCAUAAGUGUUCUAGGAGAAGUUGAAUUUUUCCAAAAGAAAAAAAAAAUCUCAGUGAGAGUUAUGAAGCUUUUGAGCAAACAACAACGUCGUGUUCCAGUUAGAUCAACAUCGACUCGCAAUGGGAACAGCUACAUCUAAACAUGAGUUUGAGGAAGGGGAAGGGAGAACGUGUGGCUAAACGCGUCCCGUACGCGUGCUAAUAGAUUUAACACGAGCGCUUCGAUUUUUUUUCUGCCCUCAAAGGCAACCAUUCGAUGUUUCGACUUCUCGAAACAUUUUGCUCGAACAAUUGAGAGUUGUUGGCUUACGAGUUGUUGUGUUGCCUUGAAUCGUCAUCGAAUCUUGAGGCCGUUGGGAAACUGCUCCAGAAGUUCGAAACACCCGUUAAUCGCAUUCACCAGAGCGUGAAAUAAUAAUAAAGAAGGAAAAAAAGCAAGUGAAGAAGUGAAAAAACAGAACGGCGCUAAACCUCCAUAUCGUUGCUUUCGGUAUUAAACCGAAUCAAAAUAUCGACUUCCAGCAAACGAGCUCCCCGUCGUCUCGCGAGUGUUUUUACCUCCGGAAUCGCUCUUCCGCUCGGAGUCUUCCGCCCACCAUAACAAAGUUGAGUUGGCGCUAGCUAGGGAAAAAAAGUGAUGUGAAAAGUUCUGCCAAAUUCAGCUCCCGGUGUUUUUUUUCCAACCGCCUUUCUCUAUUCUAUAAGGGGAGAGGUGGAAUCAAUGCGUGAAUAAAAAAAAUAAAAAAUACAAGCCAUAUAGCGCGUAGUACCGAUCCAACCUACGAAAAUUCUCGUUUGAAACGCUCGAAACACAUUGUCGCAGUAGGCGAUAAAAGGAUAACGACUUUUCCCCGGAGUACGAGUAGUAGAACAGAAGUAGGUACCGAAAAAAAUAUUGGGCAAACAAACGACGGCGAAAACAACAACAACAACACCACUACAUCGUCAUCUCCUAGAAGAGGCUAUGUAGUAGCUUCUACAGAGUCAAUCGGGGAGGACGGGGUCCAGUCCAAUGGAGUUUCCCGAAUCGGGAGAAUCGUCGAACGAGCUAGAAAGCCUAGUAGAACGACGAUCGGUAAUCACCACCAGAGGCAAAAGCACCAUUGGGGAGGUGUCAACGUUUGUUGCUGUUGUUGUUGGUGAAAGGCUGCCCGCUGUUGCGGCAAAUUUGGCGGAGCAGGACUUUUUGACGACUAACUGGCCCCUCGUCGACAGAGGUACCACCACCGAUAGGAGGCGCUGCUGCUACUACUAGAAGCUGUUUCGGACAUACAAGGGGAAUUCACAAGUAGCUGCUACUGGAAAGAAUCUUCCCAACCAAACAAAAAAAAACCAUCGAUACCAAGAGCGUUUGCAAAACCAAUUAAGUCGGAAGUGUGUCAUCAUCAUCCCCUUGGCAGCAUCACCACAGCCGGUUGCGGGAAGUUGCUCUCUCUAGUCUACGCGCUAAUCAGAUCAAAAGAACCCGAGCCGCCGAAAAUAUCGGCACCAAAACAUAUCCACCCAACAGUCAGCCGAGACGACGAAACGAGUAAGAGACACGUUUAAAUCAAUAAUCCUCUCGGCGAUAGAUACACUCGAACGAAUAAGCCAGCUCCUCGUAAAUCUAGGAACUCGUCCCAGGGUUGUGGAAAAGCCACAGCACACUCGAAAUCAAUCAAUCAGCCGUCAAUCUCGAAGACCUGGGGAGUCCGGAGGAGCAGGAAGCCGGAGAGAUCCAACAAAGUCUGACACUGAUUAAGUGCCGAUACCCCGACCCGAAAGAGCGAAAGAGUGCUUGUGAUUCCUUCUCCGGAUAUUUGGGAUAGCACUUUCAAGAACAAUUCCCAAUAGGACGCGUGAUCAAUACAUCGAGUGGAGUGGCCAAUUGUUGCUGGCCAAAAACCAAAGCAAAAACUAACACCAGCCAGCAAACCAUGCGGUUGAUGAUGCGGAACCGGAAGGUGCUUCUGGGGAUGGCCGGGGCCAGCUGUAUCCUGUUGCUAAUGUUCCUGAAGUGGUCCGAGCUGGGGGCGCGCUGUUUGCUUCGGGAUUCAGCUGGCGGCGAUGAUCUCAAUGGAGCUCCCGGGGGCGCUUCAAUGAUUCGGGACGAUUUUCUACUGGGAGAAGAAGCCCAUAGCUUUCGAUACCACCGGAAUAUGCCACUGAUAUUUAUCGGAGGAGUGCCCCGGUCCGGGACGACCCUGAUGCGGGCCAUGUUGGAUGCGCACCCGGAAGUGAGGUGUGGCCAGGAGACGCGUGUCAUACCGCGAAUUUUGCAACUGCGGUCCCACUGGAUGAAAUCGGAGAAGGAAUCCGUGCGGCUGGAAGAGGCCGGAAUCACCAAGGAGGUGCUGAACAGUGCCAUCGCGCAGUUUUGUUUGGAAAUCAUCGCCAAACAUGGGGAGGCGGCCCCUCGACUCUGCAACAAGGACCCCCUCACGCUCAAGAUGGGGUCCUAUGUGAUUGAGCUGUUUCCGCAGGCCAAAUUCCUGUUCAUGGUGCGGGACGGCCGAGCCACGGUUCACUCGAUCAUCAGCCGCAAGGUAACGAUUACCGGAUUUGACCUUUCGAGCUACCGGCAGUGCAUGACCAAGUGGAACCAAGCGAUCCAGACGAUGCACGAGCAGUGCAAGGAAAUUGGGAAGGAUCGCUGUAUGAUCGUGUACUACGAGCAGCUGGUGCUCCAUCCGGAGGAAUGGAUGCGCAAGAUCCUGAACUACCUGGACAUCCCCUGGAACGAUUCGGUGCUGCACCACGAGGAGUUCAUCAACAAGCAGAACGGGGUGGCACUGUCAAAGGUGGAACGUUCCUCAGAUCAGGUUAUCAAGCCGGUGAAUCUCGAGGCACUGUCCAAAUGGGUAGAUCACAUACCGGAGGAUGUAGUACGGGAUAUGGCCGAAAUUGCCCCGAUGUUGUCGGUUUUGGGCUACGAUCCUUACGCAAAUCCACCGGACUACGGAAAACCGGACUCGUUUGUACAAGAAAAUACUUACAAGGUCCGUUCAAACCCCCAAAUGUGGGAGCACAAGGUGAAGGAGUUACUUAAUCGCGAGGACGAUGUGCCGGCAGCCGGAGGAGGUCCUCUGAACCCACCACGAUACAACAAUAAUAACAAUAACGCCAAUAACAACAACGAAGAUGAGGACGAUUAUGGCGGCGGCAACAGUAAACUGAAGCGACAGGAACGGAGCAAAACGUGAUAUUAGUCAGUACACGCGCGUAGUUCUGAAACGAGUCGUAGUAGAGCUUAGAUUUUUUUGUACUAAAUAGGAAAAAAAAAUCGACAAAUCGGUCAUCGCAAAAGGGGGAAAAAUUAAACCCAAAAAUCGGAACUUUGUCCAACAAAGCUGUUAGCAAGAAGGAUUUCAAAUCUGAGCAAAAAGUAAGGAAACAAACGAACCGAAUCGGUUGACUUAAAUUUAGUGAGCUAGCCCAAAAACUUAAUUUCAAAUUGUUUGUGCGAAUCAUUCAAUCAUAAGUACAAUUAAUUGUAUAUUGGCGUAUAGUUAAAAACUGAAAUAAUUGUAAAGAUAGUGAAGAAAAACUUAAUUUUGCGUCUAACUCGGGUUAGCACAAAACAAAAGAAGGUUGAAGAAAGGCUGAGUGAGUGAGCGAAGCGAAGCCACGCUCGAUGAACAUGAUUGAGCUGCUUGAGGAAGCGCUUAAUUUUACACGAUGCAUUUUAUUCUCUUGCUGUGAAAGUUGUAAAACACACACAUUUUAGAAGAUGAGCUUCCACCGGAACUAGACCGAAUAGAGCUAAACGACGAAACAAUAAAUUAAACAAAAACGGAAUGGAUGUCUGUGGUUGAUUCCUGUAAAUUCUGCAGCGCACUUUUUAACCGCAGCAAACGAGCAAAUCACAAUCAAUCAGUUACUAGAAGAGAAGGCUUGCGCUUGGGAGUCAAGCCGCGUGUUAAUUAUCGAGAAAAAAAAACAGAAAACCAAGUCUGUAGUCCUAAAAAUAUCAAGAAGCAACUAGAAUGACUGUAAAUAAUUUGUAUGUACAUGAGAAGUUAUGAUAGACUUACCCCCUCAGGGAGGGGUUCAAAACCAGCAGAACUUCCCAAUCGGAAGGAGCUGUAACGUCGUUUACCAGAGGAAGUAAAACACGAUUGAAUUUAAAAAAAUCAAAAUCAAACUGCCGCUUAUCGCGCAAAUCACAAAAAAACGAAACCAUAAGAGAGAAAAGGUUAAGAAACCACAACCACAAUCAAUGGAAAUAGGAAGCGGAAGAAGGAGUGUGGAUGCUCUAGUGUUUUAAAAUAUGUGUAUAAAAUAAUUAUAGAGAAAAGAAAAAGAUAGUAACGAAGAGUAAACCAACGGCAACAAACCAAUCUACUAAACGAAAAACAAUUAUUAAAUGGGGCACAUUUUCGCUUCUUCAAUGUUGGAAAAAUAGCUG